GAUUUUGUUUGUUUGUACUAAUUCGAUCAUGUUUCACCCCUGGUGGUGGUUAAACAGUGACACUGUGGUUUCAGUGACCCAGUUUAUGGUGUCAAGCCAACGUGUCAAUUUUCACGCGUUUAGAUGCAAACAACUGUGGAACAAAACUGAACAGGUAGGAAGUGCUUGUGAAAACCACAGACAGACACUUAAAGUGUUUGAUUACUUGUUUCUCUAUUUCCAUAUCAGUCUCACAACUCCUCUUAAAUCAAAAAAAAGAGGAAAAGUCAGCUUAUUUACUGUAACUGCAUCAGUGUACGACCGGAAAACUUAUUCUGAAAAAAUGGUGUUUUUUUCAAUUAGUGUAGUUUCUCCUUAUAGUCACAAACAAGGAAAUGAAAACCCUAACGAAUGUUGACAGUGUAAAAGAUUCACUGAAUUCAAAGAUUUUUAAGUCAAUUUAUUUCUAUUUCAGAGGAAAAGGAGGCCCAAAAAGGUGCCCAAUGAACUGAAUCAGGAAGCUGAAAAGCCUUAAAUCACUAAAGUUGAUCUGAAAUUGAGCCUCAAAUGGUGAUAAGAAAGAAAAUUAAUGUGAAUAUAUGUGUUGGACACUAAAAUAAAUAUAUACACACAAUCGCAAAAUUAUAAAUGUGUUUCAUAUUGAUAAUGAAAGAUUAUGCAUGUAUGUGUAGCUUACCUUGUAACCAUACAGGAUGUGGUUAAAAGUCAUUGAAGCAAGCUGCACCAUAAAAGGGUGGACGUGACACAUGUGGUGUUUUGAUGGCAUCAUGCACGCUCUGCAGAAACUUCUGUUCUUCCAUGUUUUCGCAUGUCUCGGACAAGCUGGACAUGGGAGUGACAUCAUAAAGGGUAAAACGGCUCCAGAGAACUCAUUGCUGUACAUGGCCUCAGUGCAGAGCAGCACCGGCCAUGUAUGUGGAGGAUUUCUCAUCACUGCAGACUUUGUGCUCACUGCUGCACACUGUGCCAAACACAAACCCACGCAUGUUGUACUCGGCACUCACAAUCUCAAGAACUCCCAUCAAGAAAAAAUAACAAUUGAAAAGAAAUUCAAGCCCAAAUUUUAUCAAAGGGCUUGGCUCGGUGAUGACAUCAUGCUCCUUAAACUUUCCAGGAAAGUUCGACUAAACAACAGAGUAAAAAUAAUUCCACUGCCAUCUGCUAAAGUACACCUAAGAGAAAAUGAAGUGUGUCAGGUGUCUGGAUGGGGAAAAACUAGAACUGAUGGUAAAACUGUUAAUGAGCUGAGAGUGGUGGAUGUGCCUGUCGUCAACAAAAGGGUCUGUAAGGAACUGUGGCGUGGUCUUCCCGCUAAUGUAAUCUGCGCAGGUGGUUAUGGCACAGACAAAGGGUUCUGUCAGGGUGAUUCAGGCGGCCCGCUGGUGUGCAAAGGAAUAGCUGUUGGUGUCGUUUCCUUCAACAACAACAACAGCUGUGAUUAUCCUGAUGUACCCAACGUUUUUACAGACAUCUCAAAAUACCGCCUGUGGAUCAACUCAAUUCUAAAAAACCCAAAUAGUGAUAACAAAAACCCGUAAAGUUUUGGUUUUGCAUUAUUAAAAUGUAAAAUGCGAUCGCUUCAUCAGAGGAACCAAAAACAGAAAUAAAAAUAUCCUUUAUCA